GAGAGUGAGUAGAGCGUCAGAGGGUACCGAGCGAGCAUGGAUCUCAUGAUGUACAGUACUGAUAAAAUGAUGCAGGGAAAAUCUCCGCUCCCCAUCUCUGCACCGGGGCCCUGCUUUCCGGGGAGGUACUCGCCAACCUACAGGACUCCCCCGGACCCAAUGAGACGAUGCAUGACAAAUCCAACGUGGGAUUCGUGGACACAGGAACAGAUGAAAAAGACACGGAUACUGGAGGAUGCGAUGGCCUGCAACACCUCUUGGUCACAGAGACACAAUGGCGACCUUUUCGGCGGGUUGAACGACGGACUUCUUUCGAGGGCAGAGGCCCUCGCAGCGGUCGACAUCGGCAAGCACCAGUCGAGCAAUCCUACCGGACCGGGGGGAGGGUUGCCACAGCUGAAGCAUGACAUGAUGUACCACCACCACGGCAUGGGUGGGCCGCCCCCUCCGAACACGAGGCCUCAUCAGACCUGGAAUAUGGAGGUAACGGAUAACCUGAUAAAGAAAGAGAUGGGCCACCACCAUGGAAUGGAAGGUCUCGAGAUGUUAGACCCUAUUUCUUCGAGCGCGAUGACGACACUAACGCCGAUGGGCGACGGAGGAGGCGCCGGGGGUCACCCGCAGCUCCACGGCCCGUACGGUCCGGCCAUGAAUUCGAUGAUGUCCGGCCACCAUCACCACCACCACCAUCAUCACCACGGGUCACCUCUUUCAGGCCACGGGCCCCCGGGCCACCACGCCAUGGCCGCCGGCCUUCAACACCCCGACUCCGACACAGACCCGAGGGAGUUGGAAGCUUUCGCGGAACGGUUUAAACAGAGGAGGAUAAAACUCGGGGUGACGCAAGCCGACGUUGGAAAAGCCCUGGCAAACCUGAAGCUGCCGGGUGUGGGCGCCUUGUCACAAAGCACCAUCUGCAGGUUCGAGUCACUGACACUUUCACACAACAACAUGAUCGCCCUCAAGCCGAUCUUACAGGCGUGGUUGGAGGAGGCGGAGGCCCAGGCGAAAAACAAACGGAGAGACCCCGACGCGCCCAGCGUCCUACCGGCGGGGGAAAAGAAGAGGAAAAGGACAUCCAUCGCCGCACCGGAGAAACGUUCUCUCGAAGCUUAUUUUGCCGUUCAACCGCGCCCAUCCGGCGAGAAGAUCGCCGCCAUUGCAGAAAAGCUCGACCUGAAAAAGAACGUCGUCCGAGUCUGGUUCUGCAAUCAGCGACAAAAGCAAAAACGCAUGAAGUUCGCCGCGCAGCACUGACAGAUGGACUGCUCCGCAUUUCCUCAAUAAUCUGUUAAUAAAAAAAAGUGCAAUAACUGUAAAUACAUUUUAAUAUGGAAAUAAUACACGAUACAUAUCAAACGGACAGUACAACUUAGAACUAUAUGUGCCAUACUCUUAGCUAAAUGUGUAAAUAUUAACUCAUAAGUCUUUGUAUAUUGAAUUAGUUCAUAUUCUAGUCAGUGUUCUCACCCCUGAAAAGGUCCAAAUGUGAUUUUUGUAUUUAAAAAUUAAAUUUUAAAAAAUUAAACUCUGACAAGGCAAUAAUUUACUUUCCAAUGUGGGAAGUUAUAAAUGUCGGUAAGAAAAUAUUUUGUAUGUACAGUAAACCGUAGGAAUUCAUUAUUAUACUACACUGACAAUUAAAAUCGCCUAGUCCAUGUUUUAGUCAUUUUUAAACAACGAAACGUCAUUUAAAUCUUGAAAAUUUUCUAUUCGACUUUCAUGUACGUACUUGAACUUUUCUGCCAAUCAUUAAAAAAAAAGAAGUUCAUCAAGAUCUGAUUUUUCUACUUUUGUUCAAUUUCAUGAAAUAUAUAA